UUGGAAAACGUUACCCUUUGCGAGAUUAUUGCCAAGUACAUCGGAAAAUCAAGAGAUGGACUUUUCGUAAGAGCCACAGGUCUCGUCGGAUCUCAUGUCGUCGACAAUCUCCUGAGCAAAGGGCUCAAGGUACGGGCGGUGGCGCGAUCAGAGCCCAAGGCGGACGCUUUCCUGGCCGCUAGGCCUCAAUACAAGUCCGAGUUGAACUUCUAUUUUAUCAACGACCUCACGGAUCCCAGGGCUUUCCAUAAGGCAGUGGAGGGGAUUGAUGGAGUAAUCCAUAUCGCGAGUCCUCUCAAGUAUGAUAUUGAAGAUAACGAGAAGGACCUGAUGAUUCCCGCAAUUAAGGGCGUCCAGUCAAUUUUGGAUGCAGCAUCCGAGUCGGAAGUCAAACGAAUUGUUCUGACCUCUUCCUUCGGCGCGGUCCUCGACAUGGGACGAGAGGAAUCAGCUCCUUGGACAUACACAUCAAGCGAUUGGAAUCCGAUUACCUACGAACAGGUAGCGGCUCCAGAUGCGACACCACAAGACGCAUACCGCGGUUCCAAGACCUUGGCAGAGCGGGAAGCUUGGAAGUUCGUGGAGGAGAAGAACCCGGGGUUCGACCUUGUCACGUUGUGCCCAUCCAUGAUAUUCGGUCCGUUAGCCACACCGCCGCUGUCUCAGAAAUACCUCAAUGAGUCCAACAUGAUGCUGUGGCGGGUUGCAACCGGUGGUUCGUCGGGGUCAUUGCCUCCCUGCCGCUUCAACUUCUGGAUCGAUGUGCGAGAUUUGGCUGAGAUUCAUGUUCGAGCGUUGACUACUCCUGAGGCAGUUGACUACGUCAAGCUGGUGAAUCUCGAUCUUGCCAAAUUCGACGAUCCGGCCGGCCGUCAAGAACUGGCGAAAGAUCUCUAUGAGGCAGCAACUGGAUAUGGGUUCCUAACCCUGACUAACCACGGGAUUUCCGACGAGGUGUAUGCCCGGCAAAUGCAGAUUGCAAAUGCUAUGAUGACGCUUCCCCCCGAAGAGAAGGAACCAUACGAAGUUACGCCGGAGGAAGAUGCGCGGGGACUCUAUGUUGGCUACAAGCCAGCCGGUCCUUUGGGCCACAAGGGCGGAUUUCCCAAGCAGCUGGAUCACUACAACAUCCUUGUUCACGACCCGAAGAACCGACAGCAUCCCGAAAUCAUGAGACCAUACUUGAAGGAGACCCAAGAAGUGAUGCAGUUCAUCCGUACCAACAUUCUGAAGAAGCUUCUCACGCUGGUGAGCAUGAUUCUGGAACUUCCAGACGAAGCUGUACAAGCGACCCACGCACCUGGAGGCUCCAAGACGGAGUACAUCCGGUACAUGAUGUGCGAGCCUCGUCCCCAAGAAGAGAGCGAAAAGUACCGCGACAUCUUCCUCUCGGGACACACUGACUGGGGUUCUUGGACGUUCUUGUUCUCCCAGCCUAUCGCGGCGCUGCAGGUGCUGGAUCACAACGAUGGGAAGUACCGAUGGGUCGAGCAUCAGCCCAAGGGCCUCGUCAUCAACUUCGGUGAGGCGAUGGAGAGGUUGACUGGCGGGCUUUUCAAGGCUACGAUCCACCGCGUUGUUCAGCCGCCUGCUGACCAGAAGCAUCUCCGACGUAUUGGGGUCAUCUACUUCGCUCGACCGGCUGAUGACCGGGAGCUGAGACCCUUGGAAAAUUCCCCCGUUCUGCAACGCUUGGGUCGCGACAAGCCCAUGGAUGACAGGGUCUUUUGCAUGGCUGACUACUUGGAUGCACGCAAGCAUGGUUGGAAGCGGUACGAGUAUGAUAUCGACCGACCCAGAGACGAUGGGAAGCAUGCCGACUUCUUCGCCGGCGAAUAUCCAGACCCUGAGGGCCACAAGAGUCUCGGGAAGUUCGAUAACGUGGCGAGAGAGGUGUACGUUCCUGUGCUGAAGGCAUAG